AUCUAGGCAUGUAUAAAGAACAAAAAGACCCAUAAAAAAUGACAACUAUGAAUGCUAGUUUCUCACAAAUACUCAUUUUAAAACACAGAUUUAAACAUGUUGCACAACAGUGAUAUUAAAUGUUCUUGAGUUAAAGUUAAAUAUUUGUCACGGCCACAAUAAAACAUGCAGUCGGCUCCAUGUUGUGACCGGCAGCAUGUAAAGGAGGACGUCGUACCCGAGCACAAGUCUGCAAAAUAAAUACGUUUUAUUAACAAGCAACAGCUAAAUUAAUCAAACCUAUGGGAACCAGAACAUCUCUCCCAAAACUAGAAAUACAACAUAACUAAACUAAUUAACAAUAAAGUAAAAUAAAAGCACCAACUGAGGAAAAAGACAGAAACACUGAUCAGGUCAGGACGACGUGACUGUUGGAAAAGAUUUCCUUCUCCGUUAACUUCCCUUAAAUCACCUGAUCAGAAUCACCUGAGACGGAGGAGAGUGGAGAGGAGGAUUUUUAUCUGAUCUCUGAUACAAUGACUUCAUUUAAAAAUGUGCAACUCUGGCUCAUGAUGCAACAUGUCAUCUGCAAAGUAACGAGUAACUAAAGUUCAUUUCAACACUGAUGAUCUGUUGCAUGUAACAUGGACAGCAGGUGGAGCUGUUUCACCUGGACACACUUCGUCUCCAGCUCUAUAGAAGCUGUGUCCUCAAACAGGCUGUGUGUGUGUGUGUGUGUGUGUGUGAGUAUUCAUCACAUAUCCACGCUUGUAUUUUGCAUUUCCUUCCUUCCUGUGCAGCCACAUAUUGUUCCGUCGUACAGAACUUUAUUCCGAAGUCUUAGAGGAGAAGAAAACUUUUCCAAAGAUACCAAACAUGAACAGAUCUGCACUGUUAGUAUUUUAGUAAUAUUAUCUAAAUUACAUAAAAAUAUCUUGGAAAUGUGGAUAAAAUUUCAGAGAAAAGAUUUCAGAGCUCGAAUGAAUCAUGUCAGACUACGAUUUCCAAAGUUUUUAAUGCAACAGUAAAUAAGAUUUGCAGAUAUUAUAUUUUAGGACUAAUAAGAAGAUCUUCUACUCCGAGAGGUAAAAUGUAGUUUUUCAGCUGCACAGUAUCGACCCUGGUUCUCAGCAGGCUGAUCCUCGUGGAAAGUUAAGCAAUGCCUUGAUGAAAAGAUAAAAAGCAAAUGUCUGAUUUUUUUUUUUUUUUUUUUUUUUCCUCCAGACACCUUAAUUAGCUUCAGAAUCGAGUUUUAAACCCUUCAAAGACACGGAUUUGUUGUUUCUGGCCUCGGGACAUGUAACGAUACAACAACACGUCUGGAUUGUCAGGUGAGUUUCAGAUGAGACCUUUUGACAGUUAACAAUAUUCAUACGCGUAAUCGACUCGCUGCCUUCAGCACUGGAAGGUGGAGCGAGCAACUCUGGAGUUUCAUAUUUGAAAAAUAUAUUUUACUCUUGACUCUGAACGCUUUGGAGUGGCGACCGUGCCGACAUGCAGCUUCAAUGUUUGAUGAGUUGGGAAUGAGCCUCAGAAAUCAUCGUGCGUGUGAGAAUUAUCUGGCAGUACGACCAGGAUACAUAAACUGAGAAAUUAAGUGCGGUGGGCCCUAAUUUUAACGAGGUUUUCAUGUUGUAGCCUGGACAGAAAAGAUCAGAUAUAAUUCACGGUGUAAUAACGGUGCCGAACAUCUGACCUGUGGACGUAAAGAUGAAGAGAGGCUAGAUUUUUCUGUCAUAUUUGGUUAUUUUGUGAAUUGUUUAACAAGUUUGUCGGAAGAAAUUACAAAUGAUUUAACUUUCUAUCAUCACAGUUUGACUAAGAAGUCUUUAGUUUGGAAAGUUUAGAGACUAACGUGACGUGAACAAAGAUUAAACUGAACCAAACUGAAGACACGUUGACGGCUCGAGGCUCCGAUCUCUCAUUUGUUUUUCCUUCUUUUCUCUCUUUUUCUGUGAAGCGUGAAACUUUUUGUUCACUGCAAACUAAACCAAAUGUUUCUUCUUCUCUGUGGUGUCUUUAAAUGAGAGUUUUAAUCUACGUAACCGAAGUGGAAAACACAAAGUCGAUAUCAGAAGACAGGAGCCGAGGUUUCAUUUUAACAUUUCGAGGGAAUAAAUGAGCUUCAGACACUUAAUUUUCCUGCACUCUGGUGAUUUUUAGGCAUCGAUUUGUGUCUUUUGUGCAUCGAUUUACCCUGGAAAUGUUCGGCACGGGGUGAAAUCCUCCACUAUGUUAAAUAUUGAAUAUUUUAUGUUUUCAUGUUUUUGUGCUUUGAACAAUCCCUGCACAACAACGUGUCCUUCAGGAUCUCAUCACCCAGAUGAUAAUAUCUAAUUUCUUCUUCAUCCUCACUUUGGAUUAAAGAAGCUGAAACAUGGUUAAAAACUAUUUAAAAGGUGCAGAUGUCCAUGAGAUGUCUCGGCAGCCUGACCUCCCUCCGCUGACGAUCCAAAGUGUUCAGAAGUGAGAAGGAACCAGAGAAAGUGAUGAUUUCAGUGUGAGUGCAGCUUGCUGCUUGUCGCCUGAGGUUAUAUAAUCCCAGCAGCCCCUCAGACACACUGUGCGCCCAGCAGCAGCAGCAGCAGCCUGUCGUGUCUCUCCGGGAGGUUUUGCCAGGGGGAACCACUGACCCAGUCUCUGCUGAACGAGGUGGAACAUGACCACACCCCCUCUGAUACCCAGUGUGUGUCUAUUGGCUGCUGGGAGUGAUCCUGAGCCUGGAUGUGGCUGCUGUCAAGGCUUUAUACUAUUAAAACUCCAGAAACUGCUCCAUCCUCCCCGACACUUGUUGCUGCUGCCUGCCUGCCUGCCUGCCUGCCUGCCUGCGCACCGCCGGGAGAGGCCACCUGAACCGCUUCAGCAUUUCCUUCUGGGAUUUCCCGCGGGGAGUGAUGAACUCCAUCGACCCUCAGUCCCAUCACCAGCACCACCAGCACACCUCCCCCACCGUCGGCUCUCUCCCACCUAAAGGCGCCCAGGAGGCCCCGGACAUGGCCGCUGUGUACUGCGACAACUUCAGCAGCAUGUACCACCAGCAGAGCCUGCAGGGCGCGCAGAGACCCGCCGGCUACGGCCUCGGGGAUUACGCGUCGUCUCCAAACCCGUACCUGUGGCUCAACGGACCGGGCGUCAACUCCUCCGCAUCCUACCUGCACGGAAACAACCCGGCGUCGUUCAUCCCGCCCUCCUACGGCUCGCAGCGGCAGUUCAUCACGAACUCACCUGGCUUUGGAGGGCCCGACCUGGGCUGGCUGUCCAUCGCCAGCCAGGAGGAGCUGCUGAAGCUGGUGCGGCCGCCGUACUCGUACUCCGCGCUCAUCGCCAUGGCCAUCCAGAACGCGCACGAGAAGAAGCUGACCCUGAGUCAGAUUUAUCAGUACGUGGCCGACAACUUCCCCUUUUAUAAGAAGAGCAAAGCCGGCUGGCAGAACUCGAUCCGACACAACCUGUCUCUGAACGACUGCUUCAAGAAAGUGCCGAGGGACGAGGACGAUCCAGGAAAAGGAAACUACUGGACGUUGGACCCAAACUGCGAGAAGAUGUUCGACAACGGGAACUUCCGGAGGAAAAGGAAAAGACGCUCAGAUCCGAGCAGCGCGGGGGGAGUGGCGGCGGCGACGGCGGCGACGGCGGGAGCGGGGUCCACAAAAGUGGAGGACGGCAGGCCGGCGGUGGCGUCCUCGCUGAAGCCUUCGGACAGUCCUCAGCUGCUGGGGCCGUCCUCGCCGGAGAUGGAGGCGAUGAACGACAACCACAAGGGCUCGUCCUCGCCGCCCGGACUGUCCUCGGCCACUCCUUGUUUUAAUAACUUUUACAGCAGCAUGUCGACGCUCAGCUCGGGGGCCCCCAGCCGGCAGGGCUCCCUGGGACUGGUCAACGAGCUGUCGAAUAGGAACAUUACGGCCCUGAGCCCGUACCACCUCAACCACGGCGGGCAGGACACGGGGACGUCGGAGCACGGCGAGGGCGGGUUGCAUUUCAACCGUGGAGUGUACUACAACACGUUUGGCAGCGGGCAGAGCGGACAGUUCAACAGCCACUUCUACAACAGCUUCAGCGUCAACAGCUUGAUCUAUCCGAGGGAAGGGACAGAGCUAUAGGAGCCGAGCUGCUCCGCCAUGUUCCAUGUGUGUUGCGGGGGGGGGGGAGAGAAGUCGCUGCCCCGGCGUUGUUUCACGAAAACACACUCACGUGCUUUUCAGCAGAGAGGUCGGAGAGCAGGCCGGGCUGCAGCGCCUCUGCACCGUCAGCACUUCACCGGAGAGAUUAGACGACUAGAGAGAGUAUUUUAGGUAAACUUGAUUCAACUUGACAAGCACUCAAACUGCCGGAGAGUCGAAAAACACAAAAAACGAGCACUUAUCUUUUUACUCUUCUUCUUCUAUUUUUUUUUUUUUAAUCACUAUAUCAAAGCUACUUAAUGCUAAAAAAAAAAUAUUCUUGCAAAGUAAGUCAACCACUGAACUCUUUUUUUAAGUCCUUUUUUGUAAUAUUUUCUAAACAUCUAUCUUUUGGAUCAAAAAAAAACAAAAACAAAAAAACAGAACACCCCGACAUGUUUUUAAGAUGUAAAAAUGUACUUUUGAUUUUAUUUUUUUUUUUUAUUUUUGCCAAAUCGAGCAAAUUCUUACUCACAAUCAAGUCAAAUCUGCCAAAGUUGCCUUUAUGAGACCGCCGUUACCUCAAAAGCACGACAAUCACAUGAGAUGAGCGCUCCCUGCUGCGACAGGCGUUUUUAUAUACAUAUAUAUAUAUUUUCCAAAUGCAGUAACAAUAAUUGAUUUUAAUACCAACAUGAUCCGAGAACUCGCCUCUUAUUUUUUUUUUUUUAUGAUCCUCCAUGUUGACUGAAGACCACAGCACUACGGCUCAUGUAAAUACAUACAAGCAAACAAAAAUGUGUAUUUUUGUAAAUUAUUAAAAAGAAAAAAAGAUAGUUUGUGACUAUUUAUGCUAUUUAUGCUAAUAGGCAUCGUUUUCUACUGUUUGUCUAGUUUGAUUAAAGCAGAAGUGAAAUGAUAUUAGCUGACAAAAAACAAACAAACAACUGCACCGAAAACAGUAUCACUAAACAAAAAAAGAAGAAAAACCCCAGAUGUCAUAAAUCUAUAUAUAUAUAUUAAAAACUAUAUGCUAUAUCAUGGUUUCUCUCAGGAUUCAGUGUGACAAUCAUUGAAUGGCUUUUUGUAUCUUUUAAUGUCUUUAUUAUUUUUUAUCUUUAUACAGUACAUUCAGCUUCCAGGCAGUUUCAACUGUGACUGUUAAUAAAUAUCAUGUGGUCUCGA